CUCGGAGUGAGACCUCCUUUUCGUAUCAUUACCUCAUUCCCAGAAACGACAGAUUCAUUAAAAACAACAUCGAGCUGCUGAAACGGAGCAUUGACGGAAUUUCGGCAUUUAACUGCGGCGCGAUUUGCAAUCGUGUCAUAUAACAUCACGAGACGAUGGCCGAGGAGAACGUGGAGGCGAAGCUGAAGAACCUGCUGAAGCAGGAGAAGAUCCAGCUGUGGAAUCCUCCGUAUACUGUGGAGGACAACCAGCCGGGAGCGCAGAGCAUGCAGGAGCUGGCGGAGCGUUACGCUCCUCUGCUGAGUCUCUCGGUGCUGGAGGUAGGGGGCGCCCUGGAGUUGAUCCGAGUUCAGGCAGUGAAGAGAGGAAAAGGAAACAAGGCGUUCAGAGAGACGAGCGUGGCGACGCUGGAGCUGCUGCUGCCCAGAGACACCAAGAAGGAUCCUAAGAUGAAGAGCUACCUGGAGACAAGGCUGGAUGUUCAGGUCCAGCAGGUGGUGGACAGGAUCGGAGAGGAGUACGGCCUGAAACACAUCAAACUGAUUCUGAAUGGGAGAACGCUGUCUGCAGACCAGCAGCUGGAUGAACAAGGUGUGAAGAACCACAGUAAGAUGAUGGUGCUGAAGGUGAGCGAUGCUGAGCAGAUGACCAAAGACGAAGAGGACAGGAAGAACCAGAAUGAGAGUGUCCAGAGAACCCAGAAAGGCUUCCAGAUCCUGUCAGAGAGAGACGGCAGUGAGGAUCCAGACACCACGCCAUACCUGGAGAUUGCAGACCAGAAGGGAAACCCUCUGAAGAUCCCCCACCAGGAGAAGAAGGCUCUGAUCCUGGCCAUGGGUUUCCACGAGAAGGGGCGUUCUCUGAUGAAAAGGAAGCAGUACGACAACGCUCUGUGUCACCUGCUGCAGGCCGACCAGCAGUUCAGUAAGUGUGGCUCGGCUCUGCUCAGCUCGGUGGAUAACUACGCCGUCCUGCAGCUGGACAUCGUGUGGUGUUAUCGAGCCCUGGAGGCACUGUCCUGCCUGGACGACAGCCGCAGCCGCCUGCAGAGGGCCGAGGAGUGUUUCCUCAGGUGUUACGGAGAGCAGCAGCAGAGGCUGCUCACGAUCCAGGGUAGCACAGGUAGAGAGGAGGUGUUGUUCCUCCGUCUGUACCUCCUGCAGUGUCUCCUCUCCUACAUCGAAGGAAACGACUCUCAGGCUCGACUGCAGUUGUCCAAAGUGGAAUCUCUGUAUGGCCGUUUGUGUCUGGACUCGGAGAAGAUGGCCCAGCUGAUGGCUCUGGGUUUCACAGAGAGAGAAGCUAGACUGGGACUACGAGCGUGUCAGGGAGACCUGCAGGAGGCCGCCAUCCAGAUCAGCAACCGUCGCCAGGAGCGUCAGGAGCUUAUGCAGAGGGAGCAGCAGAAGAGGAAGACGAGGAUGGAGGCCAUUUCCACCCUGGCUAAGCUGGGAUACUCCAGGAGAGACGCUGCCAGAGCUCUGCACCACGCCAACGGAAACUUGGACAAAGCUUACACUAUCCUGCUGGACUCCAGUCAGGCUGCUCAGGCCACCAACAACAACACAGAGGGGAUGAUCAGUCCGGAGAAGGUGGAGCAGUUGCUGUAUUUGGGUUUCGAGCGAGAAUCGUCUGAAGCAGCACUCCAACUGACGGACGGCAACGUCCAAGCAGCGACUCAGCUCCUGCUGGACAACCAGGGCGUCCUCUCUCCGGACCUCCUGUCCCCACCAUCCACCUCCACCUCCACCUCCUCCUCGCCGUCCUCUGAGGAGCCCAGCACCUCCUCCAGCUCCCCAGAGGAAAAUGAGCUGGUUAACGAGGUGUUGGAGGACAUUCCUCGUCAUGAGGAAGAUUAUCUGGACUUGACUCUGGAGGAGGAGAGCGAGCUCAUCGCCACCAUGAAGACAUAUCUGAACCGAGAGCCCACGCACACAGUUUGACCCAGACACCUUGGACUUAAAUAAACCUUGUUCUGCUCUAAAACCAAAUCCAACCCCCCCC